UGGCUCUAACCUAACAUUCGCAUUUAAUUUAUUUAAAGGUUUUGUUAUAAUUAUAUUAAUCACCAACGAAUUACUGUUAAAAGUUUUACAUUCCCGGUUUUAAAAUUGAAUGACAAAACAUCAUGAUAAUCCCAAGAUUUAAGCUGACCCAGGACGACGAGUUCGUUACCAUCAAUAUAAGAGCACCCUACUGCAGUUUAGGGGAAUUGGACGUUGAUAUUGACGGCAACACAUUUCUCUUUGUCUGCAAGCCUUAUUAUUUAAGAUUAACUUUACCUGGCGAAAUUUUGGAUGAUGACAGACUGCACAGCACCUUUGACACAGAUUCCGGUGAGUUUUCUUAUAGAUGUCCUAAGAAGAACAAGGGUGAAUAUUUCAAGGACCUUGAUCUGAUUACAAAACUUCUUACACCAACGGUUGAAGCUUCUUACAAUGAUGGAUCUAUGCCGAUAGAAAUUCUCUCAGAAGGUCAAGACUCUAUGGAGGUCGCUUCAGAGCAACCUGCUAAUGUAGACUUGUUAGAAUAUGGUUUUGGGUUUGGCUUGAGAGUUCAUAAAGAUUUUGUCCAUAUAAGUUCGGAAUUUGAUGAAGUAUUUGCCAUUGAUCCUUGCAAAGUCGGGUUAUCAGAGAGGAGGAAGCUUAGGCUGCAGUAUGAGCAAGGGAAGUUUAAUGUUGAACAUUAUCUUGCUGAUUUCAUAGAAAAUGAAGAGAUUUGUGAGCUUAUUGCACAAAAGUGUCCAUUUGUAGCCAAUGAGCCUUUUUGCUACACUGAUAAGGAAUUAGACUUUCUGAAAGAUCUUCCUAAUAUACAAUAUAAUUUAUCCUUGGACCAAAUUAACUAUUGCUUUAAUGGCCUUGUGGAUAUUUUGUUUGCUUAUUGCUAUGAUCAGCGUAUCACAAAUUAUGAAGGUAAUGUGGAGUCAGGAUGGACUAUUACCAAACUAGCAGCAACCUUUAAUUGGCUUGAUGCUUAUCAAACACCUAAAGAAGCUUUUACCACAGCAUUCAGAAGAAGUGUCAUUUAUCCUCUGCACAGGAAUUUCGAUUUGUCCCAGACAGUGUUUGAGGAUGUUAAACAGCUUAUAAAAAUGAAUGAAAAAUAUAUUAUCAAAGUACUGAUUCACAUGUAUCAUAUUCUUUGUGAUGACUGUGGAAGGUAUAUUCUGAACAACCUCUUUGUGAAGGAUUACAUCAUUUACAUGAUGAAAUGGGAUCCAAAUUUAUGGCAAUCAUUUGUUUCCCAAGUCCUUGAAGUGAAGAUAACUAAGGACGACUUAGGAUUAAAUUUGAAAGAGAUUGAAACUGGAUAUGUUAAAGACAAUCAGUUAGCAAGAAUGAUUAUAAGGGAGAAUGAAUCGGAUAGUGACGAUGACACAGAUUACUCGUCAACAGAAGACAGCUCAGAUUAUUCAUCCAGUUCAGAGUACACCAAUGAUUCUCACUCAGACACUGAAGAUUCGUUAGUGAUUCAGCUACAGCAAACAGUGUUGUAAAUGGCAGUGUAUAAUGUAGUUAUUUAUUUAGUUUUUAAGUUUUCACCAGAAGUGUUCUUAAGUUUAUUUCAGUUUAUGUUUUUUUUACUUUAAAUUUUUAAGUUAAUUAAGGGUAAUACCAAUGCAAAAAUUACUGUAAGCAAUUCAAAUGCAACUUUGAAACAAUAAUAAACAUGACAUUCAUGUUUAUUAAGAAUAAGAUUUCAUGUGUUUUUGGAUAAUAAUUUAACUUGUUGAGGUGUAUUAAUGUUAAAGCAAAUAAGUGGUACUGACUUGUUUAAAGUACCUUAAAACCUCUUUACUAUAUAGAACUGUUGUCAAAUAUGUAAAAUAAUAAAUUUAUUACAGUA